UGGUAAUAGUUGUAGCAUGAAUGUAAUUAUAUGCCUUAUGUUCCAAUUAUUUAUGUCAUAACGAAGGGUACUAAAGUAACGGGAAUUUAGCAUAAAUAUCAGUCGAGGAACGUCAGUCUUUCACAGAAGAGAUUUCAGCUAAGAUUGUUCCUUUUUUAAAAAUAUAUUUAAAUCCGGAGUUGAGAUCACACUCCAGGUUCUUCAUUAGUAACUAUACACGCCUAAAAAUGAACACGACAGUUGUAUACUUAAUGAUAUCAUUAUCUGCAACAUUUCUGGGGAUUUUUCUAGUUUUCUAUGCAUAUUGCAAAUACCGUUAUUCUUACUGGAAGAAGAAAGGUGUUGCAUACCUCGAGCCCUCUUUCCCGUUUGGAAACAUUGGAGAUGCACUACUACAAAGGAAAUCUGUUGGGUUACAAUUCCAAGAUAUUUAUAAUAAACUUGCCGGACAUGAACUUGGAGGGGCGUUUUCAUUCAUCAGACCAAUACUCAUAGUUCGAGAGCCAGAGAUGAUUAAGAACAUCGUAGUUAAAGACUUUGUACAUUUCCACGAUCAUGGUACGUACUUUGAUGAAGAAAAUGAUCCUUUAUCUGCCCACCUGUUCAUGCUGACCGGAUAUAAAUGGAAGAAUCUUCGCACUAAGCUUACACCUACGUUCACUUCUGGUAAAAUUAAGACGAUGUUCCAAAUUCUUGUUGACUGUGGUAACGAACUGAAAAAACACGUGGAUCAGUCUGCUGCUAAUGGUGAGACUUUGGAAGUGAAGGAUAUUCUGGCUAAGUUCAGUACUGAUGUGAUCGCAACGUUUGCUUUUGGAGUGCAGUGCAACUGCCUUAAGAAUCCAGACGCUGAGUUUAGAAAAUGGGGUAGAAAAAUUUUCGAAACUAAUAUGAAAACAGGAGUCAGAGACCUUGCCAUGUUUGUGGCUCCAGCUUUGGCUUCAAUAAUUAAAAUACCUUUCGUGCCUCGAGAUGUGACCCAAUACUUCAAGAAGAUGGUGAAAGAAACAGUUGAAUAUCGGGAAAAUAAUAGUGUGAAGCGAAAUGAUUUCAUACAGCUUUUGAUCCAAAUGAAAAAGGAAGGAACAGUUUAUAUGAAUAAGAAAUUGGAUGACACGUUAAAAGCAGAUAGUCUGAAUGAUGCUGGUCUAACAAUGAAUGAGAUUGCAGCCCAAGCGUUUGUAUUCUUUGCUGCUGGAUUUGAAACCUCUUCAACGACUAUGAGUUUCUGCUUAUAUGAGUUGGCAAUGAACCAGGACGUACAGGAACGUGUUCAGGAAGAGAUCGAUGCAGCGCUAAGAAAACAUGAGGAUAAAAUCACUUACGAAGCCAUUCAGGAAAUGGAGUACCUCGACAAUGUGAUCACAGAAACGCUAAGGAAAUAUCCGCCUGUGCCGUUUCUGACACGAGAAUGUACGAAGAAAUACAAAAUUCCAGGGACAGAUGUUGCUAUAGAGAAAGGGACGCUAGUCAUCAUUCCUGUAAUUGGACUCCAUAUGGAUGAGAAGUAUUAUCCGGACUCAGAAAAAUUUGAUCCAAAUCGCUUCAGCGAGAAAUUGAAGAACAAGAGGCCUCAAUUCACUUAUCUGCCUUUUGGAGAAGGACCAAGGAUCUGUAUUGGGAUGAGAUUCGGGCUACUGCAGACCAAGGUAGGCCUUGUGUCGCUCUUGUCCAAAUACAGCUUCCAUGUUUCCAACAAGACAUCAAUGCCUUUGAAACUUGAUAAGAAAAGCUUCAUCACAUCAGCUGUUGGUGGCAUGUGGCUCAAGAUUACAAAACGGAUUUGAAAUAACUCGUUCAUUCUUUGCGUAUAAAACAGUUUUCAGCGAAAUUUAAUUUCGUAUUCGCUCUAAGAUAUUUGUAAUUUCCGUAUAUAAUCUUAUUAAAUUUGUUCCUUGCGAGAACACUGUAGUAAGCUGACUUACUGGCGAAGUGAUAGCAAACCUCCAGGCAUUUUACGUCAGUAGGCCUUGCUGAAGUUGACUAGAAACUUAUAACUUCUAGCCGCAUUAUCCCCCAAAUAUUUUAUUUGAACAUUUUAAUGUAAAUUGUUGAGCUGACCCCCGUAUUCAAAUAUGAUCAUUGUGAAGAGAAGAAUUUCAAAACCACUCCAAUAUAUGAAGUAAUACAGCAAGCCUCUCUGUGCAUGAGAGUAGCUUAGGGGAAGGAGCUUCUUUUCAGCAAGAUAUUCCAAAUAUGGUUCAUUCAGAACCCAAUUCAAUAAGUUCCAAACCAAAAGUGAUCCAUUUUCAUACAUGUAAUAAGAAAAAAUUGGUGUUUAAUGAAUUAUCUAACUCCACAAAGAAGAGUCUACGCCAUAGUCUGAAGUAUAAUUGAUGAUAUUAUUAAGAAAGAAGCAAAUAUUUAAUUGCUUCACGCAUGUUAACGCCAUAAUAUAAAUAAUUCAAUUACACAUCAUUUCAUAAUAGAAAUUCCAAAUCACAGAAAACGUCGUUUCAAUGUCAAAUAGAAAUCCAUUAAUACUGUGUAGGAAGAAGUUGCUAAUCCCUUUUAAGAAUCUUUCGAAUCGAAUAAAUUAACUCUGCAAAAACAAUCAGUCUUUUAAUACAAUAUCAGGCGGUAGGUAUAGUCACUAUUGUGCUGUAAAGCAUUAACUGUGUGAAUAAUUUGUAUUCUGCAAUUAACUGCCACAGUCUCAUGCAACCGUCUGUAUUCAAGACUGUAUUAAAGUAACAAUAACUUCAACAUCAUUAUCGUGGAACUUCACAAGUUUUGAAAAUUUUUUCAGGUUUAUUUGUGCGAACUAAUUUAUUUCAUGAAAAAGACUUCUUGGAUAGCCAAUAUUUGCCCAUGAGGUCAAGAAGUUACUCCUCUUUUAUGGAAGCUGAAAGUUUUUUAUAGUGUUCACAACAGCCUGUCACUCUUUCGUUUCCAUGUAAAUGGAAUAGAAUUCAAAAUCUUCUGCAACAUCUGUUUAAGAUUCAUUUUAAUAUUUUUAUCCGCCCUGCGGUCAGGUUUUCCAAAUGGUAUAUUUCUUCGGUUCCCCAUUAAAAUUCCGCGUCCAUUUCUUAUCCGUCCCGUGCGUGUUAAAUGCUUAGUUUCCCUCAUUCGCCUUGCCAUGCAACAGAGAUACGCUUUGAAGAGAAUGAAGUAUGAAACCUCUCGUUAUUUCAUUUCAGCUUACUUUUACUUUGUUCAGCAACCAAUUGAAGUGUGUGCGUGAGGUGUUUUAGCUAGAGGUACAUAUGUACCUACCAAAUAACUCCAAGGAACAAAUUUCUUUUUGAGAACUAGAUAGUGAUUCAGCUGGUCAAUAGUUGUCAGCCUUUUCUGGAAGUGGUGAUUCAUUACAUGUUCAUAAGCGUUCACCGCUUGAACAUACUCUGAGUUAGAUGAAUUUAAUUCACACCCUCAGGUUUUGCAUCCAUAUUAAUUGUAUCCUUCUUCUGCCUCCAUAUACCACAAGCUAUCUUUUCUUUCCCCCUUUCCUUAACUGAAAUAUCAUCCGAUUUUGUAGUCUCCCAAGUUCCUUCUCGUCCACGUUCUGCCUGUCUUUCUUCCUCCCAACACUCAGCAGGAGUUGUACCAAAAUAGGAUUUGCACUAACGGUAAGAGUUGCAAUAAUAUGAGCACCCAUAUAAAAUGAGGUGAUCAGAAUUCCAAGAAAAUAAAUAGAAACUUUAAACAAUCCUUGGUACAUUGUAUCAAUGAUCUUUUCCGUCUUAAUUAUCUUAACAUUUAAAUGUGAACCACUCUUACAUACUCGUAGUAAGAGAAGAGGAAUAUUCUGACAUGCGAGGUGUUAUCGGGAAGUUCCCAGACUGUUAUUAUUGUGACUGCCUCGGCGAAAGAAGAUGAGAGGGCAGGUCAAGGUCACACUUCCGAAAGCCUAUUGCAUCAGUCUGCCACGCGAUACUGCGCUGUGAACAAUCACAGCUUUUACACCAGUGCUUUUUCUACUUCUGGUUUCAAUUUGUCUGCGAUUGAUGGCAAAAUCGAGCAAAGUUUCUCCAUCAAGUUUUGCAUGAAGCUUGGUAAAUUUAUUACCGAAAUCCUUGAAAUGCUUAAUGAGGCUUUUGGAGAACAUUAUUUAAGUCGGACAGCGGUUUUUGAAUGGCAUUCACUUUUCAAGGCCGGUGGAGUGUCAGUUGAAGAUGACGAACAUUUAGGGAGACCGAGCACCAGCAAGACAACAGAAAAUGUUGAAAAAAUUCUAGAACUCAUCCACAAAGACCGUUGCCGAACAAUCCAUGGGCUCGCAGACACCGCUGGGAGUAGUUAUGGAGUUAGUCGGGAGAUCUUAAAAGAAAAUCUGAACAUGGACCGCACUGUUCCUUCGACGCGCCCGCCCACACGUCCCUGAAGACCACAGAGUUUGUGACUAACAGCAACAUGGUUAUCGCUCCCCAUGCUUCCUACUCGCCGGACAUAGCCUCUUGUGAUUUCGCUUUGUUUCCCAGAAUUGAAAGUGAAACUGAAGGAGAGAUGUUUUGAAACAGUGUCUGACACCCGAAGGGAACCACAAGCGGUACUCUAUGUCAUUAAGGGAAGUGACUUCCACGGUGCUUUUGAAGUGUGAAAAAAAGACAUGAUUGCUGUAUAUGUUCCAAAUGAGACUAUUUUGAAGGAGAUGGCCGCCAAAAUUGUGUAAGUUAAGCCAGAAAUUCAUUUUUGACGUAGCUCGGGAACUUUCCGACACCCCUAGUAUAUAGCACGUCAAGCAGUAAUAAUUUCAUUGUCCAUACAUCAUAUGUUAUUAGUUGUGUACAUGAUUACGUGCUUGUUAAGUAAAUAGGGAAUAAUGUGCUUCGCUUGCAUUCUUAUAUAUAUCUUUUGCUGCAUGCAUAUAGGAUCGAGAGUCAUUAACAGUCGGCAAUGAUUGUUCCUCUAAGUUGAGGGCUGGGCUAUGGCUAUCAGCCCUCACCCGAAUAUAACUGACACGUUAGAUGAUUUCUUAACAAAGGUGGAAACCGAGAAAUGCAUAAAAAUUGCUUGGAGUAAAGUUUCUGAACAAGAACAUUUGAGUUCAUAUUGCAAAUGACUGCAAUAUACGAGUAGCAGUAUUUGAUACUGAAGAGUUUUUUCAUCUGGUAAAGAACGCCUUCUAUU